CCGGUGCCGGCGGGGGCCAUGGCGGCGGGCGGGCAGCGGGGCGGGCCCGCGGGACUCGCCGCCUCCCGGCGCCGCGGCGCGGGCUGAGGGGAGCGGGCCGCCCGCCGCCGCCCUCCCGCUCCCUCCUUCUCCGCCAGAGGAAGGUAUUUGAGUCCCUGUAUGCCUGCCUGUUUUAGCCACCGUGUAUGCAGCAGUCUGAGGGCCAGAACAAUUUCUCCACAGCUGCCUUGAUCAGAUUCUGUCAUGUCAGGGUUGAGGAUGUCCCUCAGUUAGGUGCAGAGCAUGGAGAAUGAUGAACUUCCGCCAGAGGAUGGGCUGGAUUGGUGUGGGGCUGUACUUGUUAGCAAGUGCUGCGGCUUUUUAUUACGUCUUUGAAAUCAAUGAGACUUACAACAAACUAGCACUGGAGCACAUUCAGCAACACCCCAAGGAACCACAGGAAGGAACUACAUGGACACACUCCUUAAAAGUACGACUGCUAUCCUUGCCGUUUUGGCUGUGGACGAUAAUAUUUUUAAUACCAUAUUUACAGAUGUUCUUGUUCCUCUACUCCUGUACAAGAGCGGACCCCAAAACUGUUGGGUAUUGCAUCAUUCCUAUCUGCUUGGCUGUUAUUUGCAAUCGUCACCAAACAUUUGUGAAGGCCUCUAAUCAGAUCAGUAGAUUACAACUGAUUGACACUUAGCUCAACUUCUAGUGUCUGUUGCUGAUUUGAAGCAAUUGCAUAUGCUUGAUCUAAUCACAAGACUGAAGUUCUGAGUGAAGGCCAGAAGGAGCCUUUUCUUUCAAACUGAUAAGCAAUGAAGAGAGUAACUGUUUUCUAUUUAAAACAAACGAUUAACUACAAAGGUUUUUAAUUAUGGAUCUAUCAAGUGGCCAGAGUGGAGAGCCCUGGGUGACCUGAUGGAAGUAUUCCUCAUUUUGCCUUAAUGAUGCAAAAUUGCAACUCUCCAUCUGAAAUGUCCUGUGGGGAAACGCGUUUCUGGUCCACAACUUUAUUCCUCUGUACAAAAAAAUGAUUUCCUAUGCUUUCCCUUGGAGUGAAAUCAAUGCGAUACUUCUUUUGUGGUAAAUGUAAAAGGAAAAAAGAAAUUAAGAAUGUGAUUAUAAAAGCUGCACUUAACACAAUUCUUUGCUUUUUUUUUUUUAAUUAUCUACAUCAGUGCUGUUUUUAAUGAUUUUUUGAAAAAUAAAUUUAGAUAUAAAAACAGGAAGCAAAGAAUAAAGUUUGUGCAAACCUUUAAAGGGAAAAAGUACAUUUUUUCCUGUGGUAGCCUACUUGUUUUCAGUCACACAACAGUCCCACACUGUAUUAGGCAGGCAGUGAGGAGUUGCAUAGGCCUGGAGCUUGGUGCUUUAAACUGUCCCUAUGACAUCAGAAGAAGCCUAUGCUGGCAUUGGCCUGUAGUCUGCAUAAAAACUCUUCUGUGUUCCCUUCUCCUGUCAUCUUGCUUGAUAAAAUUACAAGUAACUGAAAUUUAUGACCAUUGUUAUUUCACUCCAGACAUAAUACAAAACCAUGUUUACAGGAGAACUGAUAUAUUAGGACAAACUUUGAAUUUGGGAAAGCUUAACUGGUUGGGAGAUGCUACAAACAGGAUGUAAGACAGAUAUGAAUCAUGUUUCUUCCAGAAAUUCAAAGAAGUAAGAUGCCUUCUUAUUCUUGUAAUGAAUGCGGAUUUCUUCAGUCAUACUGAAAUUCCACUGAGAUUACUUUGCCAGUUUCAACCUCUGUUUUUCAAUGCUAUUUUGGAAUAGCAUAUUUUGAGUAAGACUGAAUCUGUUCUUUCUUACUUUCUGUCUUUGUUUUUUCUGAGAAGUAUUUUUUUAUUCUCAAAUUUUCAGCCAUGAUGGAAGUAACAAAUACGAAAACAGUGCAAAAUACACUUGUCAGAAGCAGUAGGCUCAAAAGAAUUAUGAACUAAACUCCUUGACUAUAACUUCCAACUAUAUGUGAUUGUCCAUCCCUAAUCACAAACGCUAAUCCAUUUCUGACUGCUUUAAGGGAGUCCUGGAGUGUCGUCUUUCUGUUGCUUUGGAAAGAGAACACUAUUUUCAGUGUUGCUGUGUUUAAGCAUGGCAGUACCAACACCUUAAACUUUCUGUUUGUACUUGGAGAUAUUUUGAGACACUGGUUUCAAUUGUCAGCAUUGGUGCUAGGACCUGAAAACAAGUAGCCUUGGCAAGAAGGUUUGAGUUCUAAGUGCAAUAUGAAAAGGAGGAAGCUGCCAUCUUAGUGUGCUGGAGUAAGAGUAAAUUAUAAACUCUUACAAGUAGUUACUAUCUUGGGAAGUCAGAGCUUUUAAGUUGUGUUGUUUCUAAACUUUUAAAAUCACCAUGCUAUUUAUCUAUAAAAUAAAAACUUUUCAAUGUUUAUAAACACA